AUGGGAUUCCGCAUCACCACAUGGAAUGUCAAUGGUAUACGAAACCCGUUCUCCUAUGAGCCAUGGAGAGGAACGCGCACAUUUGAGUCCAUGUUUGAUAUACUAGAGGCGGAUGUUGUAAUUCUCCAAGAAACCAAGAUUCAGCGCAAAGACCUCCGCGAUGACAUGGUCUUGGUUCCAGGAUGGGACUGGUACUCUGGUGUUGUGGUUUACACGCGUAAUGCCACAUGUUCUCCAAUAAGGGCAGAAGAGGGCAUUACUGGAGUUCUCUGCCCGCCAAAAUCCUCAACAUCUUUCCGCAAUCUGCCAGAAGAGCAGCAGAUUGGGGGGUAUCCAACAUCCGAUCAGCUUUUCAGGCCCACUAUGACUCCCGAGAGGCCUGACUCAGAAGAAGAGCAAGAGGAUGUGAGCUCGGUGCCUGAUAUCACAAUCGAUGCGCAAACCCUUGACUCCGAAGGGCGCUGCGUCAUUCUAGAAUUUCCUGCAUUUGUCCUCAUUGGUGUAUAUUGCCCUGCCUAUCGGGAUGAGAGCCGGGAUACCUUUCGCAUGGACUUUCUCAAUGCCCUAGAUUCUCGAAUCCGCAACCUGAUUGCGAUGGGGAAGAAUGUGGUCGUGGCUGGUGAUAUCAAUAUUUCAAAACAGGUCAUUGAUGCCGCUCAUGGAAUUGAGGCCAUACGAAAAAGUACGAUGACAGAGGAAGAAUUUAUAUCUGCCCCUUCUCGACGUUUAUUCAACCACUUGAUAUCGGAUGGCGUGGUUAUUGGCGAACGUGACAAAGGCAGGGAAAAUCCUGUCCUCUUCGAUGUUUGCAGGUCAUUUCAUCCAGAUCGUACAGGCAUGUAUACAUGCUGGGAUCAGAAGCUCAAUGCUCGACCGGGGAAUUACGGCUCAAGGAUUGACUAUGUUUUAUGCAGCUUGGAUAUGCAGGACUGGUUCUCUGACUCGAACAUUCAAGAGGGAUUGAUGGGAUCAGAUCACUGUCCUGUGUAUGCUGUCAUCAAGGAGUCAGUGAAUCAGCCCGCAGGCGAAGUAAACAUUCGCGAUAUUCUCAAUCCACCGGGAAUGUUUAAGUGUGGCAAGCGGCAACAGGAAUACUCAAACGAGUGCGCAUUGCCUGCUUCGGGGCGUUUGCUCCCCGAAUUCGACAUUGAUAAGCGCAGAAGCAUUAAAGACAUGUUCGCUCGCAACCCAGUCAGCAUCCCGGCGGGGCCGGCUAACAUGCCCACAACUCAAGUCACGGAAUCUACAGCCAUGCACACAGCGUUCGGAUCCACUGGCUCGGCCAAAAUGGGCUCUGCGCUUAUCCCUGAGAGAGAUCAAGCCCCUCAGACUGUUUCUCGCAAACGCUCCCAGCCUUUACCUAUUACAUUCGCAAAACGCUCCAAGCCCGCCAUAUCGACGUCUUCUGGGGGCUCUACGUCAGGGCAAAAGACAUUAACGGGCUUUUUCAAGCCAAAAGCGAUCGAUGUAUAUGAAACUACCCGGUCACAGAUGGUCUCACCGCGACCUUCGACACCAUCCCCUAACUGCAAACCAUCAGAAAUUCCACGAGAGAAAGGGAAGGCUCUAAGGAUCAAUCUGCAGCCUUCGGAAUCCCAAGAAGACACCAUAAGGAAGCGAGCCGACACUUCUACUGAAUUGCCGACAGCCAGCAAGCUCGUCGAUGACACAAUAAUUGAUCCAAUUGUUAGCAAGGAGGAUUGGUCAAAACUUUUUACCAAGAAGCCCAUUCCACCAUGCGAUGGACACCAAGAGCCAUGUAUUAGCUUGACUACGAAGAAACCUGGAAUGAAUCGCGGCCGCUCCUUUUGGAUUUGUCCCCGGCCAUUAGGGCCCAGCGGAGAAAAGGAAAGGGGUACGCAAUGGCGGUGUCCCACUUUCAUCUGGGCCAGCGAUUGGAACUCACCAGUUGCGACACAAGAGCAAUAG